AUACGGUAGAUGGACAAUUAAAGCUAAAUACAGAGAGGAUGAUUCAAUCAAUGGAACCACACACUUUGACGUCAAAGAACACGAUAAAGCUUACAAAACAACUCUCAUGCCAAUACCUGAUCUGCAGCACCAAGUGGGAAUUCCAGAUGCAGCCCAAGGUGUGAAUCUCCAGCCAGAACAUUACCUGGAACAGAAAAUAGAGGAACAAGCCUCUACAUACAAAUAUCCAUUGCUAAAGAAGUGUUGUUAUGACGGAGCUGCACUCAAUAGAUAUGGAACCUGUGAGCAACGAGCUGAACGUGUGAAAAUAGGUCCCCGCUGUGUCAAAGCCUUCACUACCUGCUGUACCCUGGCACAUGAGAUCAGAGAUGAACACACCUUUAAAGAAACAUACUUGUUAUCGCCCCCCAUAAAUGAAGAGAUUAUCUCACUGUAUUGAAUGUGUAACGAGAAGAGGGUGCUCACGGCACUGUUGCUGCCACACACAAUGCUGGCAUGCUGCCCAGGGAGAGCUGAAGACCCGAAGCACACACUGCUGAGUGCCACCGUGCUGCCCAGAUGCUCAGAUGUCUGAACCUCUACGUGGAAUCAACACGGAUGACCAGUUUGCCAACAGAGCCCGAAGCCUCUAAAAUGAUAAUCAUAAUCAGAAUAUUUAAAUCAAUAAACUACUAUUACCCAG